AUGCGUCUUGCUCAAGUGAUCUUUGAUAAGAAUGACUCAGACUUUGAAGCAAAAGUUAAACAGCUGUCCGAAACAAAAGUCUUCACGGCAUCAUCUGUUCCCGCAGAGAAUCAUGUGACUCCUGGGCAAAGCAUUGAUCUGGUAGCCUUGCUUCAGAAGCCUGCUCCUCCCAGUCAAGUCUCAGACGUCAACUCCUUUGAAUCUUCCCAACAGCAGGGCUUUGGCCAAGCCCUUGUCUUCACAAAUUCGCAACACAACAAUCAGAUGGCAUCAGGGAAUGGCAGCUCCUCUGCUGUCAACUCCUAUUCUUCUCAGAGCCUGUCAUCCGUCCUCGGUUCAGGAUUUGGAGAGCUUGCACCUUCCAAAAUGGCCAAUAUUACUAGCUCCCAGAUUUUGGACCAGUUGAAAGCUCCAAGCCUGGGUCAGUUUACCACUCAGAGUUCCCAGCAGAAUAACACAAGUCCUCCAAUCACCACUUCUUCUUGGGACCUCAAGCCUGCAGCAUCUCAGUCUUCAGUCCUCAGCCAUUUUGACUUCAAAUCUCAGCCUGAGCCAUCCCCAGUUCUUAGCCAGUUGAGCCAGCGACAGCAUCAGACCCAGGCAGUCACUGUUCCUCCUCCAGGGCUAGAGUCCUUUCCUUCCCAGGUGAAACUCCGAGAAUCAGUUCCAUCCGGCGAUGGUACCUCCACUGUGAACAAACUUUUGCAGCUUCCCAGCAUGGCUGUUGAAAACAUGACUGUGUCUGCCCACCAACCACAGGCCAAACACAUCAAACUCCCAAAACGACGGAUACCUCCUGCUUCUAAGAUUCCAGCCUCUGCAGUGGAAAUGCCUGGUACAACAGAUGUCAUAGGAUUGAAUGUUCAGUUUGGCGCCUUAGAAUUUGGAUCAGAACCUUCCCUUUCUGAAUUUGGAUCAGCUCCAAGCAGUGAAAAUAGCAAUCAGAUUCCCAUCAGCUUGUAUUCAAAGCCUUUAAGUGAUCCUUUGAAUACCUCUUUGCCAAUGACCAGUGCUGUGCAGGACUCCACCUAUACAACUUCUGUCGUUACUUCCUCCAGUCUGACCAGCUCAUCUGUGAGCCCGACUAGUCCGGUAACAACCUCUUCCUCCUAUGACCAGAGUUCUGCACACAACAGGACCGUGUACCAAAGCUCCGGGAGUCCGCCCGAGGCAGCCGCAGGGGCUGUCCUGAAUGGACACAGUGGUGGUCGAAGUCAGCCAAUACUAGACACUACUUCAUCUGUUCCUGUUCCAAAGACAACAGACGCUCCCUCCGCCCUUCCAUCUGUGGCCUCCCUGCCCAACACCACCUCCUGUUCUACGCUUCUACCCCCUGCAUCCCAGCACACUGCCACUUUGCCCUCCUUGUCCCAGCCCGGUGACCUUGUCAGCAGCCCCCUCGCACAGCUUAGCAGUUCACUCUCCAGCCAUCAAGACAGCCUCUCCUCCGCGCAUGCAGCACUCACCUCGAGCACAUCACACACACACGCCAACGUGGAGAGCACCCCUUCCCUCCAGUCCUCAGCCACGUUCUCAGUAGCAGCAACCUCCGCCCCGAGUGCUGCAUCGUCAGGGGCCAGCCUCCCCAGCAGCAUGAACACGGCCAGCAGCCUCUGUCUGAGCGGGACCACAGUGAGUGCCCCCAGUGGCACCUCCAGAGCCCCGCCUUUGGUAACCUCAGGCAAAGCGCCCCCCAACCUGCCCCAGGGUGUACCUCCUCUGUUGCACAACCAGUACCUCGUGGGCCCAGGAGGACUGCUUCCUGCCUAUCCGAUUUAUGGCUAUGACGAGCUCCAGAUGCUGCAGUCGCGCCUGCCCAUGGAUUACUAUGGAAUUCCCUUUGCUACGCCCGCAGCCCUUGCCAGCCGAGACGGGAGCCUAGCGAAUAAUCCAUAUUCAGGUGACGUCACAAAGUUUGGCCGAGGUGAUUCUGCGUCCCCUGCACCCCCCACCACAUUGGCUCAGCCGCAGCAGAGCCAGCCUCAGAGCCACCACACAGCCCAGCAGCCCUUUCUGAACCCUGCGCUGCCCCCCGGCUACAGCUACACCGGCCUCCCCUACUACACAGGCGUGCCCAGUGCCUUCCCAUAUGGACCCACUAUGUUUGUUCCUCCAGCCUCGGCCAAGCAGCACAGCGUGAACCUCAGCACCCCCACGACGCCUUUUCAGCAGGCUAGUGGCUAUGGGCAGCACAGUUACAGUGCAGGCUAUGACGAUCUGACCCAGGGCACAGCAGCAGGAGAUUAUACCAAGGGUGGAUAUAGUGGAUCAUCACAGGCACAAACCAAGUCUACAGGUUCUGGGCCUGGCAAAGGAGUAUCCGUGUCUUCAAGUACCACCGGCCUACCAGACAUGACUGGUUCUGUCUAUAAGACCCAGGCUUUUGACAAGCAGGGAUUUCAUGCAGGGACCCCUCCACCAUUCAACCUGCCUUCAGCCUUGGGCUCCACUGGGCCUCUGGCCCCUGGUGCAGCUCCUGGGUACGCACCCCCACCAUUCUUGCACAUCCUGCCUGCACACCAGCAGCCACACUCCCAGCUGCUGCACCACCACGUUCCGCAGGAUGCUCAGAGUGGCUCCGGUCAGCGCAACCAACCCAGCUCCCUGCAGCCCAAGUCUCAAGGCUCAAAACCUGCUUACAGCAACUCUCCUUACUGGACAAACUGA